CUCUGUUCUAACAACAAAGAAACUACCCUAAACCCAAAUUUAGCUUCAACUAAAACUAUUCCUCUGCAUUUCUACCUGUCUCUCUUCCUUCAAUCAAAUUUGGGAGGAACAGUUUUUGUUAAGUUGCUAAUUUUCCUCUCCUCUCUCCAUUUUCUUGACUUGGGGACAGAAACCCCCCAAGAACCAACCAACAAUAGCAAAAACAAACAGAAAAAAAAAAAACGAAAGGAACCAUCUUUGCCUGAAACAAGAAAUCAAUCCAAUCCCUCUGGACCUCUGUUUUCCAGCAACAGAAGCCCUGCCUCGACCCCUGUUUUAUCUGCACCUAUGGGGGUUGACGGUGGCGAUUGAAGGAGGCGUCUGCAGCUGCGGCAGCUCGGCGAAAAUGGGAAGCGACACGACGACGAGGAAAGUCAUGGUGGUGGUCGACCCCAGCAGGGAAGCGGCCGGCGCCCUUCAGUACGCAUUGUCCCACGUCGUCACCGAGAAGGACGAGCUGAUCCUGGUCCACGUCGAGACCCAGAACUCCUGGAAGAACACCUUCUCCUUCUCCUUCCUCCGCCGGACCGGAAUCUUGAUCCCCGCCGUCAACAACAACAACAACAGCAGCCUUAACAACAGCAACCAGUCCUCGUCGGGCGGGGAAGGGAUGGUGGAGGGAGAGGUUGAUUUCUUGGAGGCGAUGAGGCAGCUGUGCGAGGCGGCCAGGCCGCGGCUGAAGGUGACGGUGGAGAGGCUGCAGAUGGGUGCCAAGGACAAGGCCAGCGUCAUCCUGUUCAAGAGCACCGCCAUGGGCGUCGACCAUCUCAUCAUCGGCCAGAAGAAGAGCCUCUCCAGCGUCUUGUUAGGGAACACGAAAUACAAGAAGCCAGGAGGGCUAGGGCCGAAGUCGAUGGACACGGCGGAGUAUUUGAUCGAGUACAGCAAGUGCAAUUGUGUGGCAGUGCAGAAGAAGGGACAGACUGGAGGAUACCUGCUGAAUACAAAGACCCAGAAGAACUUCUGGCUACUUGCAUAACCUAAACCAUAACCCAACCUCCUGUUAAUUCAUAUACAUAAAUCAUAAUGUAUGCUUUUUUUUGGAGGUAUUCAAAUCAUCAAUUUCCUGUUUGGUAAUUGAAGUUUUUUCUUAAAC